CGUGUACGCCCCGCUGCUGAGAGCGAGUGGCUUACAUGCGGUGCGGGCAGCCGUGUGUCUGCAUGUGGGAAGUACGCAGACCUCUGCCGCCAGCAGCGUACCGCAAGAGGACCAACAAGAACAACAAUUAUUGGUACUACUACUAUUAAUGGGCAGCCAAAGGCGGUGAUGGCGAAUACUGGACUAAAGGAACCAGCUCCAACUUCACCAAAGGAACCAGCUCCUACUUCACCAAAGGAACCAGCUCCGACUACACCAAAGGAACCAGCUCCAACUACACCAAAGGAACCAGCUCCUACUUCACCAAAGGAACCAGCUCCCACUUCACCAAAGGAACCAGCUCCUACUUCACAAAAGGAACCAGCUCCUACUUCACCAAAGGAACCAGCUCCAACUUCACCAAAGGAACUGGCCUCAACUACACCAAAGGAACCAGCUCCCACUUCACCAAAGGAACCAGCUCACACUUCACCAAAGGAACCGGCUCCAACUUCACCAAAGGAACCAGCUCCGACUACACCAAAGGAACCAGCUCCAACUUCACCAAAGGAACCCGAAANGCUGGAAAUGAUGCUACAACGGCUGCGAAUGUCAGUAAACCUGCAGAGAGUGAAUCAACAAACACCCAAGAAGGUGCUGCAGAUAAUACAGAUACCCCUACCACCACCACCACCACCACAACAACAACAACCACAACAACACUUCCUCCUGAACUCACAAACAACAAGAAGGGUGAUGCAGACAGCAGCAGCAGUAUAA